AUGCUGCACAACUCCAGCAGCUGUUUUCACCCUUCAUUUUUCUUCCUGGUGGGGAUCCCGGGCUUAGAGGCUGCCCAUAUCUGGCUCUCCAUCCCGCUCUGCUUCAUCUACGUGGGAACUGUGCUGGGGAACUGCACCAUCAUGCUGGUCAUCUGGGCGGAGGAGAGCCUGCACGAGCCCAUGUAUUUCUUCCUCUGCAUGCUGGCUGGGGUGGACCUAGCCGGCUCCACCUCUGUGGUGCCCAAAUUGCUCUGCCUCUUCUGGUUCGGCUCUCACGAGAUCCCCUUCGAAGGGUGCCUGCUGCAGAUGUUCUUCAUCCACGCCCUCUCCAUCAUCGAGUCAGCCAUAUUGGUGGCCAUGGCCUUUGACCGCUAUGUGGCUAUCUGCCAGCCACUGCACUACACGACCAUCCUGACGAAUCCGGUCAUUGUCAAGAUGGGCUGCCUGGCUGUCGUGAGGGGGGCCAUCUUGACCUCCCCAUUUUCCAUCCUCGCCAGCAGACUGCCCUACUGCCGGACUAACGUGGUCCCUCACACAUACUGCGAGCACAUGGGCAUUGUCCGGUUGGCCUGCGGCAGCACCGUCAUCAAUAACUUGUACGGCCUCACAGUGGCUCUGCUCGUGGUAGGUCUGGAUCUCCUCUUCAUUGGCGUCUCCUACGCCAAAAUCCUCUUGACUGUGUUGAGGCUGCCCUCGCAAGAGGCCCAGGCCAAGGCCUUCAGCACCUGUGGCUCCCACAUCUGUGUGAUUGUCUUGGCCUACACGCCUGCCCUCUUCUCUUUUCUCACCCACCGCUUUGGCCACAACGUGGCCCCUUACAUCCACAUCCUCAUUGGCAACUUCUACAUCCUGGUGCCCCCCUUCUGCAAUCCCAUUGUGUAUGGUAUAAAGACCAAGCUGAUCCGAGACAAGGUGGUCAGCCUGCUCUCCAGGAAAAAGGACAUCUCCUAA